AAAAUCGAAGCAGACAAGUAACACGAACAGAACAAUAGGUAGUCGGCACACGAGGUGAAUAAUGAUGUUUCUUUCUACCCACAACCAUGAAAGAGAAAUCUUUGAGUUCCAUUCUCCUGUCUUCCUUAAAUGCGAGAACUAUCAGCCUGAACACCCAUCACUCCAUUCUUUCUUUUCAUCAUCAUCAGACACUCAACCCAGACUACAUAUCCAGACGAAACACCAACUACGACGCCAAACCAAGACUUGGAUUCGACCCCAGACACCCGACUGCAGACCACAAGAAAUAGAACCCAUCCAUACCUGCAAGAAACACAACAAUUACCAAAUCCAUACCCAUACCCAUAACCAUGUCUACUACUACGACCGCAACCCCAACCCCAAACCAUCAUCAACCGGUCCCGCAUCCGAUCCUCAUCCCGCUCAUUCCGUUAUUAGCGCUCCUGGCGGCGUUUACGUUGGUUGUUUAUUUGAACCGGGAGGCCUUUUCGUGUUUGAGAGCUCGGUCUGAUGGAUAUGUGCAUGCGGAUAGGGAUGAGGGAGGACGUGUCUAUGAAUCUCGAAAGAUGGGGAAGAAGAAGAAGCAGCAGGGGAGGACCAGGGGCGAUAAGAUGGCAAGGCUAGGAUUGCGAUCGAGGAUGAAGUCUAGGUCUGAUGAAGAUGAUGGGAUUGAAAUGCGGCCGCUUAUGAGGAAUGGAAUGGAGAAUGGAACUACUUCCUCUUCUAUGAUAUACAAAAAAGAAGAAGAAGAAGAAGAGGCAAGCGAACAAGAGCAUGAAUCCGAAUCCGAAUCCGAAUCCUUCUUCAUACCAUCCGAUUCUUCAUCUCUUGCCUCUUCCUCGAACUCAGGCGAUGAUAUCCCCACCGACCCCUUAUCGUCCCUCUCGAAAUACUUCGAUCCACGAACCCACGUCCUUCUGUCCAAAUAUAGAGAUCCUCCGUCCCCCGUUACAGAGGUCUGGGAGAUAGAACUUCGUCAACGCAUUCGUGAGGGAGGGAGUGUUAUAGCGUGGGUGGAUUACGUGGUUGAUUGUGUCGCGGAGUGGUGGGAGGGUAUGAGUAUGUGAGGAGUUAUGGAGUCGUUUUGUUUAGAUAGUGGAAUCGUUACUGGUUCUGGAUGUGUAGGGUUGUGAUAAUUGGUAAUUAUGAUAUUAAUAAUAAUAAUAAUUGAUGUGUGAUGAGCAUG